AUGAAAGAACAGCAGCAGCAGCAGCAAAACCAGCAGAGGCAGCAGCAGCAAGACCGCCAGCAGCAGCAGCAGCAGCACCAGCGGCAGCAGCAGCAGCACCACCACCACCAUCACCACCACCAGCAGCAGCACCAUCACCACCAUCACCAGCAGCAGCACCAUCACCACCAGCAGCACCACCACCAUCACCAGCACCAUCACCAGCAGCAGCAGCAGCAGCAGCAGGAGCAGCAGCAGCAGCAGCAGCAGCAGGCCGCGGUGGAGCACCAACAACACCAGCAACAACAGCAGCAGCAGCAGCAGCAGCAAGACCAGCAGCAGCAGCAGCAGCAGCAGCAGCAGCAAACCUGA